GUUGUCUGGCAUCACCGCCGCCGACCCGGCGCCGCCACGCGCAUGCUCAGCGCCAACUCCGCGCGCCUCGUCGACGACCGCCGCGUCGUCGCCCGCGCGUCCGGCCGCGGCGGCAGACGCUCCGUCAGGCUGAGCAUCGCCGACGUGCGCAGCGAUGACGCCGGCACGUACACGUGCGAGGUCGCCACGCGGCCGCCCGUCAGCGCCGACGUCGACGUCACAGUUAUCCCGGCGCCGACGACGCGCCCGCCGCCGACCACGCCCACUUUGUCGCGUCGGCCAAUCGGAGGCGGCGGUACGGGGCGCACCACGCCCACUUCGUCCCGUCGGCCAAUCGGAGGCGACGUAACGAGAGGUGAUUUGCUCGGCACCACGACCACUUCAUCCCGUCGGCCAAUCGGAGGCGGUGGUACGCGACGCACAACGCCCACUCCGUCUCGCCGGCCAAUCGGAGGCGGUGGUACGCGACGCACAACGCCCACUCCGUCUCGCCGGCCAAUCGGAAGCGACGUGACGAGAGGCAAUUCGCGUAAUACCACGCCCACACCAUUCCGUCCAAUCGGAGGCGGCGUUACAACAAGCGAUUCGCGUGACACCACGCCCACUCCGUCGCGCCGACCAACCGUCUUUGACCAACCGCCGAGGAUCGUGAAAAUUAGCAGUGACAGUGACGUCACUGCCGGCUCCACCGUCGUGCUGACGUGCAUCGCCAGGGAUAUUGGGAACCUGAACGUCAUCUGGCUGCAGAGGAAGGGAAACUCGGCGCCGACGGUGCUGACGGCAGGUGGCGCUCGCGUCACCGACAACCGUCGCUUCAGCAGCCGCGUGACGGGCAGUCCGGCGCGCCGCGUGGUGACGCUGCGAAUCGAUGACGUCGGCCCGGAGGACGACGCCGACUACGUGUGUCAGAUUCCGGCAGUGCCGCCCGUCUCCGUCACCUUACACGUCACUGUCAUCGGUCGCCGCCCCACCAGGAUCAUUCCCGCCUCGAUCCCGGAGGUGGUCGUGCCAGUCACGCGGCCUCCGCCGACACCGGUCACCGAGGUAACGACUGAGGCUCCGCACGGUGCAGUGACGACGAGCGAUGGCAGCGGCGGUAAUAAACCACGGCCGAUGAUUAUUGAUGUGAGUCAGGAUGCUGAGGUCCCUGUCGGAGCGACGGUCGAGAUCACGUGCAUCGUCAGCAACGUCGAAGACCUGAACGUUCUCUGGGUGCGCACGCUGCCAGGUAGAGACCCGCAGAUGUUGACGGCUAACGCUGCCCGGCUCUCCGAGGAUGCUCGCUUCUCGUCGCGGGUCAGCGACCAGGGCAACGCGAGGACCGUAGCUCUGAGACUCAAGGACCUCGACGCCGACGACAGCGCCAUCUACACGUGCGAGCUGACAACGAAGCCGGUUGUAUCGGUCGACGUGAGGAUACGAGUUAUCG